UGCUCAUGCGUCUUAAAGAGAGACGCAUGAGCGUCAUGCGUCUCUACUUCGAAUUAAACCAGCUGCGAAGGCAGUAGCUCCUCAUUCACGCACGCAGACAGCAAAGGUUGCGAUUUCCUUGGCGAUUUCUUGGCGACUCCCGUCAUAUUUCGAAAUCAUGCAAGUAUUCGUGAGUUUAUAUUGGGGUGGUAGAAUAUAUCAACUUCCUCAUGUGGGCAUUUGUUAUGAUCCUCCUCGUGCGAGAGCUUCCAUCGUAUUGGAUUCAUGUGUUUCAUUAUCUGAAUUAGUAGGAAUGAUAUGUGCUAAGAUAAGAAUAGAUUCCAACCAACACUUCAUCGAAAUAUCUUGGAGGCAUUGUUUCUUGGGUACCGGUACGAGUUAUGUAUGUACUGCGGUUGACAGUGAUCAAAGUGUGUUUUAUAUGUUCAAUGCGGCUCUAAAUUCUACUCGGCAUAUUGAAUUAUUUGUUGAGUAUUCGUCUGUUGGAAAUGCCUUAAUCCCACCAAUUGUUGAUCAUGGUGUUGGUUCAUCUACGAGGUUUGAACCUAUGAGCAUCGACUGCGGUAUGAAUGAGCAAACAGACGUUGCAGAUGUUGGAUUGAAUACUCAAGAGAAUGUACAAGAACAUGCUGAUGUUGAUGUUGUACGAGGAGACCUUGCAGAUCCAGAAUUGUCGUCAUCAUCGUCUGAUGAUAUUUUAAGUGAUGAUUCCGGUGCUGACUCUAGUGAUGAGGAGGUAGUGUAUAAACCCGUCGUACAAGGUGAACAACCACUUCCAGAAUAUGUUCACACUGGGUUGAAAUAUUUUCGCAAACUGCCAAGUGGUCGUACUGAGGUACCUGAAGUUGGUAAUGAACGCAGUACCAUGUACUGGGAUGAAGAACACCCAUAUCGGAUUAAUGGUGGAACAAAAUUUGAUAGCAAGCUGCAUGUGAAGACUGCUAUUACUAUGUGGAGUCUGAGGCAACACCGGCAAUUUAGGGUGGUUGAGAGUAAAUUAAGAAGGUGGCAUGCCGUGUGCAAAUAUCCAAAUGGGAGGACAGAAGAUGGGACAGCUAUUAUCAGCUAG